AUGUAUAUCAAGGGACCACACGCAGAGCCAGAGCUUCCAGUCCUACGGAAGUUGAUUAGAGAAAACCCACUAGGUCUUCUCACCACCGCCAUCGGCUCCCCCAACUUCCCUUUCCUCCAAACAAGCCACAUCCCUUUCGUGCUGGAUAUCGAAGACGAAUCAAGUGAGACAGAGCUAGGAAAACUAAGAGGCCAUCUUGCAAGGGUCAAUCCACAAAGCAAAGCCAUGAUCGAGAAUCUUAUCGAAAACCCACAGCUGAGCAAUGUCAUCGAGCAAGAUGUCAUCGUCGUCUUCAACUCCCCCAUCCAACAUUAUGUCACUCCCAAGUUCUACACCGAAACGAAACCCACAACUGGCAAGGUUGUUCCUACAUGGAACUACGCCGCUGCCCAAGUCUACGGCCGCGCCAAGAUCUUCUACGACACCAAGACUGAUGAAGCAGGCCACUUUCUCGCGAAGCAGAUUUCCGAUCUGAGCCACCACGCCGAAACCAAUGUUAUGGGGUUCACUGGCGGUGAUAACCCAGUGGACUGGAAAGUGUCUGAUGCGCCGGAUCGGUUUGUGGAGCUUUUGAAAAAGCGCAUUAUUGGGAUUGAGAUUGAGAUUACGCAGAUAAGAGGAAAGUUCAAGAUGAGUCAGGAAAUGGGUAUGGGUGAUCGGGAGGGUGUUAUCAAGGGUUUUGCAAGGUUGGGAUCUGAGACUGCGCAGGAGAUGUCCAAGUUAGUUCAGGACCGGAGUGAUAUCAAGGAAGCAAAGAAGGCAAAUGCAUAA